CGUGCCGACCCAUCCACAAACAAGGAUACGCCGCACAGUCGAGUCGAAGGAUAACAUGGCUAGGUUAACGGCGUGUACGCUUCUUAGACGGCACAAUGCAGAGACUGCUUCUUAGACGGCGUGUAUGCUUCUUAGCCAGAGGCUGCUUCAUAGCCAGAGGCUGCUUCUUAGGCGGCGCGCGUGAACGGAUGCACAUGCAGUGGAAAGCAGGCCAAACUACCCAGCCUGCGCAGCACUCCAAGAAGCAGAGUCGACGUGUUACGGACUCGGCGCGCCGUGGGUGCAGCUGUGUGGCGGUCGAGCGGCCAGGAAACUCAACUGCCCCGUCUCGCGGCUGCAACGAGGAGGAGGAGGAGGAGGAGGAGGAGGAGGAGAAGAAGUCUGGCAGCACCCGAGUUUCGGCUGGCGCCCACUGCGGGUGCACGUGUACGCUGGGGCCGCUCUGCGGCACGUCGGCGACCGCUCCUCGUGGAGGGCGCGAGGCCUGCCCCGCGACGCGCAGCAGCAGAUCGAGGCGAAGGCUGAUCUGUGCGGAGCCGGCUGCAGUCGGGGAUGGACAGACCCCCCUUUAGUAAAACGUGGUUUAGUGAAAACGACCUGAGGCCCACACGUGGCGGGCGCAAGCCUGGAAAAGUAGCGGCCACGGCGCCCCCUCGAGGGCCGAAGACGGACAAUCCACUGAUCGACGUGUCACUCUUGGGGGUUCUGGUCCGCCCCCGAGGCAGAAGAAGAACACGCAGGUACGCGAGAGGCGGCGCCUGGAGCCCAGAUGACUCGUCGGCAAGCGUGCCCACACGACGGUGCGACGGCCGCGGGCUAACGGAAGCUAAGCGUAACCCUGCAGAGGUCCGCGCGGCGGCGCCGUCCGGGGGGGCCGAGCGCCGACCACCCAAGAAAUCUGCGUGAGGCUCCGAACAUCUACAGGCCAGUUUUUAACACAUAGGAUUUCUAAAAACAUAGGGUUUUUAAUCCAUGAUUAGGAUGGUCACAACAGGAUGCUGCGGUCCGAUGCCGCACCUGGAGGCGCGCGCCUGCAUGCUUCGACUGGAGCCCUGGGCGAAUGGAGCGCCGAAGAUGGCACAACACCGGCCGGCCCUCUCCCCCUCUCCUCGCCGGGCGGGCCCUCCACGCCGCGCUUGGCGCCUGGAUGAUGGGGAGGAGAGGGCGGGGCCCAUUGAAACAGCCAGCGUCCGCCGGUCCGCCGUGCAGGACGACCAGAAGCCUCCCAAAGGGGCUCGGGGCGCAGCCAGCGUGCCGACAGGGUGGCUUGCCGUCGCUCGGACGUCCA